GUUGCGCAGUCGGGCAUCCAUGGGUGGGGCCUCUUUGCGCGCAAGGCGAUGAAGGCGGACAGCAUGGUGAUCGAGUACCGGGGGGACGUGCUGCGGCGCACGGCGGCCGACGCGCGCGAGAAGCGGUACCAGGCGGCCGGCAAGGACUGCUACCUCUUCACCGUGCAGGACGACUUUGUAAUCGACGCCACCAUGCGCGGCGGCAUCGGCCGAUUCACGAACCACUGCUGCUCGCCCAGCAUGUACACCAAGGUGCUGGAGAUUGAGGGGACGCCGCGGCUGGUCUUCUUCGCGCGCUUCGACCUCGUUCCCGGCCAGGAGCUGACCUAUGACUACCGCUUCAAGGAGGAAGACGGCGACAACAAACUGCCCUGCGGCUGCGGCGCACCCAACUGCCGCGGCACCCUCAACUGA